CUAGCUCACCUCACUCAUCACGUCACCAUCGCAAUUUCCUCGCUCUCUCGAAUUCUCCUCAAAUUCGCUUCUCGCCCAUUUCUCAAACCAAGAAGCGCCACUCAGUCAGCCAUUUGCACCUCUCUCCACCCAUUCGACUGUUGUGUUCUUAGCCUUCCCAGCGUCUGCUAUGGCCGCUAUUGCCACUGCUCCUUCCACGGCGUCUCUCGCUCGCAGCCUCUCCACCCUCUCGGCUCCCGCGCGUAAGCACGCGUCUACGGUGCUGGUUAGCGGCUCGUCGUUCGUGAAGGGUAGCGUUUCCAGCCUCCGCCAGUCGUUGGCGAUUAAGACUGCUUCCAGGAGCGCGUCUGCGUCCACCAAGGGCGGCGCGAUGGGUGCCAACGCAUCCGCGGCGACAUUCGCGGGGAAGACUUUCCACGACUUCAUUGUCAAUGACAUCAACGGCAGCCCCGUGUCUCUGUCGCAGUACAAGGGCAAGGUCGUCCUCGUCGUCAACGUCGCCUCGGCAUGUGGACUCACCGAUUCCAACUACAAGGAGCUGCAGACGGUGUACGAUAAGCUCAAGGACAGAGGCCUGGAGAUCCUUGCCUUCCCGUGCAACCAGUUCGGCGGGCAGGAGCCGGGAAGCAACGAGAAGAUCAAGGAGUUCGCGUGCUCCAGAUACCGCGCCACCUUCCCGCUCUUUGACAAAGUGGAUGUGAACGGGGCGAACGCAGCCCCAGUGUACCAGUUCCUGCGGUCGCAGAAGGGCGGUGGGUUGCUGGGGGAUGCGAUCAAGUGGAACUUCGGCAAGUUCCUGGUGGACAAGGACGGCAAGGUGGUGGAGAGAUACGCGCCCACCACCUCGCCGUCUGCCAUUCAGGCCGAUAUCGAGAAGUUACUGUAACGUCAGUGUACUUUCUUCAGAUGUGUUCAAUAGCAAGGUAUUAGUUCAUAUAAGUUGUCGAGUUACACUUGUGUAUACGUGCUGUUAAUGAUAUAUAAGUAGAAUUGCAUACG